AUGUUUGUGCAAAAAACUUUGAAACAAAAUUUUGGAAUUUCACAGCAGCUUCUUCAGAGGACCAGAUCUGCUGCCCAGAAUCGAGAUUACCAGCGUGAAGCUCAAAAGUUCCAGACCCUCCUGAAUGAAUCAACGGACAAAACGAACAAGUUCCCGUAUUUCCGAAACCUUACUAAGCCGAAAAUCGUUCCUCCCAAUACCGGAAAGUUCUUUUAG